AUGAAGAUCAUUGGAAGUCUCAUUGUCCUGAUAUCCUGCGUGAUUUUGGGAAAUGGACAAGACUCCGUUUCAUUUCUGGAAUCCAAUUGCGGAGUUACGAUUUCAAGAGGGCGUAGUUCAAGAUACAGAAUAAUCGGUGGUACACUGGCCGAUAAAUUGGGAAAUCCGUGGAUGGCAUUAAUAAUAAGCAAUGUCGAGUGUGGCGGCUCUCUUAUCACAGCCCGAUUUGUGCUCAGUGCUGCUCAUUGCAUGACAGGCCAUCCAACGACGGUGCACUUGGGCGAGUACGAUAGAUCACGGCCCAGUGCAAACGGCAUUCAAGUUUCUGUCGAAGCGCAAAUACCUCAUCCGCAAUACACAAAUACUAGAAGUGAUAUCAAGAAUGAUAUAGGCCUGUUUCGAUUGUCCAGAACUGUUCAGUAUACAGACUUUAUUAAGCCCAUCUGUCUGCCGACCAACUACAAUCCCUUGGCUAAGACUACGCAUCUUACAGCCACCGGAUGGGGUAAAACAGAACACGGAACUGGAAGCAAUGUGCUGAAGAAAACCACAUUGACACAGCAAAGCCGGGCAUUUUGCUCCUCCAUAUUCAGGACCAACGUGGACACGUCUCAGAUCUGUGCCGGAGCCCCCACCUCCCACACGUGCAGCGGGGACUCGGGAGGUCCCAUCACAGCCAUGUAUUCCAUCGGCGGCAGGAGCCGUGUCCUUCAGCUGGGUAUUGUCAGUUACGGAGAGCAACUUUGCCGAACGUCCGGGGUAUAUACGAAUGUAAUGCACUAUAUGAGCUGGAUCACGAGUGUCAUUCGACGGGGCGGAGGUCACAAUACACCAGCACCAACCCAGAGGCCGAACCACAAUAAUUAUGAUAAUACCACUCCCAAUCCACCUACUUACUACUAUACGAUUACGAAUCCACCUACUUACUACUAUACCAAUGGAAAUUCUCCUACUUACUAUUCGCCCAAUGGAAAUUCUCCUACUUACUAUUUGCCCAAUGGAAAUACUCUUACUUAUCCCAAUGUAAAUUAUCCUGUUGUCUAUUAUCCUCAAAACUAUGGAGUUUAUGGUUAA